UUCUAAGCAGCUUGUCUUCGGCUGUGAGAUCGACUUCUCAUCAAACUUCGUGAAACAAAAUAGAGCUUUCAUAUACCCGCGUCGAUGUUCAUACAUCUUCCUUUCUUCUCUGUUUCUUGAAGCAAAUACCUCUGGUCCUCUGGGCAGCAUUUUUAUGUAAAUCCUUACCUGCUGGCUUCAACUUCUAUUUACCAUGAACUAUAUUCCUUUUUCAAAACCCGAACACUAAGAAAACUCUCAACUACUCUUCAUGCGACGUUCCAACAAUCUUUUCCCAUAAAUAAAGCUUCCUCAUUCUUUCGUUCUCUCUAGAGGAAACCACGAAGACCCAUCUCAAUAUUUUUCAUUUCGAGUGUUGAUUUUCUCUGAUCAAACACCGGUUUUCAAGGAAGGGUGGAAAAAUGAAGGUUCCCAUCUGGGUUUUUGUUGUCGUUGCAGUUCUUGCUACCGCGUUUGUUUUGAGGAUUGGUGCUGAGGAGCUUGACCAAAGUCAUCAGACGGAGAGAAUUGCAGGGAGCGCUGGUGAUGUCUUGGAAGAUGAUCCUGUGGGGAGGUUAAAAGUUUUUGUUUACGAACUUCCAAGCAAAUACAACAAAAAAAUCCUGCAGAAAGAUCCCAGAUGCCUCACACAUAUGUUUGCCGCUGAAAUUUUCAUGCAUUGGUUUUUAUUAUCAAGCCCAGUUCGAACACUGAAUCCUGAAGAAGCAGAUUGGUUCUACACCCCUGUAUAUACAACUUGUGACCUUACACCUAAUGGGCUUCCAUUACCUUUUAAGUCUCCCCGAAUGAUGAGAAGUGCAAUCCAGCUUAUCUCUUCAAACUGGCCUUUCUGGAAUCGGACAGAAGGUGCUGAUCACUUCUUCGUCGUUCCCCAUGAUUUUGGAGCGUGCUUUCACUAUCAAGAAGAGAAAGCUAUUGAACGAGGGAUUCUUCCCUUGCUUCAACGUGCUACAUUGGUUCAAACUUUUGGACAACGGAAUCAUGUUUGCUUAAAUGAGGGUUCAAUUACAAUUCCUCCAUAUGCUCCUCCACAGAAAAUGCAAGCACACUUGAUUCCUCCAGAUACUCCUCGGUCUAUAUUUGUGUACUUCCGUGGUUUGUUUUAUGAUGUGGGAAAUGACCCAGAAGGUGGAUAUUAUGCCAGAGGUGCAAGAGCGUCAGUGUGGGAGAACUUUAAGAACAAUCCACUCUUUGACAUCUCUACAGAACACCCAACAACUUAUUAUGAAGACAUGCAACGGGCUGUUUUCUGUUUGUGCCCUCUGGGAUGGGCCCCGUGGAGUCCUAGAUUGGUUGAAGGAGUGAUAUUUGGCUGCAUUCCUGUUAUCAUAGCAGAUGACAUUGUUUUACCCUUUGCGGAUGCAAUCCCAUGGGAAGAAAUUGGGGUGUUUGUAGCAGAGAAGGAUGUCCCCAAGUUGGAUACCAUUCUCACCUCAAUACCGCCAGAAGUGGUACUGAGGAAGCAGAGAUUGCUUGCUAAUCCUUCAAUGAAGCAGGCGAUGUUAUUCCCACAACCAGCUCAGCCGGGAGAUGCUUUCCAUCAGAUACUGAAUGGGCUUGCUCGAAAAUUGCCACGUGACAAGAGCAUUCACUUGAAGCCGGGGGAGAAAAUCCUAAACUGGACUGCGGGCCCAGUUGGAGACUUAAAACCUUGGUGACACCAGUGGCAUCUUGAGUUGAACAUGUAUCCUCGGUAUGCUUACUCUGGCACCCAAGUGUUUGCAUCAUUUUGUGAUGAAGGUAUCAGUCUUCAUGUCAAGUUGUAAAUCUCUAUUUUGUAGAAAUGCUUGCAUUAUAGAUUCUUUUUUUUUUCAGAUGAAGAUGAAUGAUGCAUUCACUGUAACUUGGCCUUACUGGACARUUAUAAUUUGAGCUGAAUGCCAUGAUCUUGGAUUUUUUCCAGCUUUUUCCCA